AUGGGCAGUCAAAUCGCUCUCAGCGCUCUUCACAAUCAAUGGGCGGUGGUCGGAGUUAUCACCGUCGUCAGCUACGACUAUUUCCUCACAUUUGAUCGCGAGAUCAAAUAUAUCUGGAGGAGGAAGAUGACGAGCGGAAGCGUGAUCUAUAUCGCCGGACGCUACUCCUCAUUGACUAUCAACGUCCUCACCCUCCUCAAUUUCUUCCCGUGGCCGGGCAAAUCAACACUAAAGUAUGCACUCCUUUUUCGCGCCUCGGCUCCUCGCGCAAACACUGACCUGCGCUACCGCCCCGCAGUGUUCUCGUCAUUGCGGGCGCACGCGCUGUGCCAACGCAAACUCAUUUCCUACCUCGUUUUAGCGCUAGGGGUUUGGAACGCCGUUCCCUCAGUUUAUGGGGCGGUCAAGACUCGGGCCAGCUACAACCCAGGACCCGGCAAUAUCAACACCAUGUGCAACGUGGAUGUCUCGCAAUUCACGACCUUCCGCAAUGCACUCCUCCUUGUCAACGCUAUGAACCUCGCCUUCAUCAACAACAUCCAGCUCUCGCUCGACUUCAUUGGUGCGCUGAGCGCCACGGCAGCGGUGUUGACCUCCCGCUUCAUCCUCGACUUGUUCGAGGCGAGCACGAGGACGCGCUUUGGCACGGGCCCCACAAUGCGCCUCUCGGCCAUGCCCAGCAUGGUGCUCUCGCGCUCGCUCGCGUCCAGACACGUCGGUGAUCCCGGCGCGAGCGGCUCUUCCCAAGGGAUUUUCGACGCGGAUGUCAGUUGGUGCAGGACAGAAGACAGCGAGAGCGUCUACUGCACCACGGAUGACUACGACUUCGAGCUGCAGCCUGUUAACCUGGAACGACAGAAAUCGAAUGUGAACCCUCUCGUAUCUGAGUCCUGA